AUGGCAGGCGGCGUCAAGAAACCAGUCAACAUCUUCCGCCUCAAGAACCUCGGCGAGCCCCAAGGCGUCUUCAACUGGCGCCUCUGGUUUGCCGUCGUCUCGUUUGGUCUGCUCGGCGCUGCGCGCGGCAUCGACGAGGGCCUCAUCUCGGGCGCCUUCAACUCGGACGACUUUCAGUCCGCGAUUCGGUACAGCACGUAUACCACGGUGCAAAAGGCCAACAUCAAAGCCAAUGUCUCCUCUAUGGUGCAGCUCGGCUCCGUCGCCGGCGCCAUGAUGUACGGAUGCCUGGAUUUGGCACGCGGCGGCAUGAUUCGCCUGGGCCAGCAUUGGCAUCGUCCCAUCUUUGUGACAUCGACCCCCCCCGCCAUUCAUGCCAAGGGCGUCCAAGCCGUGCCGCUAGAUGGCGAUCAUCCUACGCUUGCCUUCAUCGUAUGCGACCGAAUCGGCCGCAUUCAAGCCACCCGCUUCCUCUGUAUCCUCUGGAUUCUCGGCAUCAUCAUCUUCAUGAUUGGCGGUGUCAAUGGCAAUCUUGCUGCCAUUUACGCUGGCCGCUUCAUCGCCGGUCUCGGUGUUGGGCAGACGCCUGUCGUCGGCCCCGUCUACAUUGCCGAAAUUGCUCCUGCGUCGAUUCGUGGUUUGUGCACCUGUUUCUUCACCGGUGCCGUCUACAUUGGCAUCGUGCUCGCCUACUUUACCAACUAUGGCGCCUCGCUUCACAUCUCCAACCACAGCCACAACCAGUGGCUGGUACCUACCAGCCUGCACCUCAUCAUGGCCGGCAUCAUCUUCAUCCUCAUGUUUUUCCAGAAAGAAUCCCCGCGCUUCCUCGUCAAGCAGGGUCGCCCCGACAAGGCCGCCGAGGUCCUUUCCUACAUUCGCCAGCAGCCGCUCGACAGCGACCUGGUCGUGGGCGAGACCUCAAUGAUCCAGGCGGCGCUGGACCAUGAGCUCGAGGCAACCCGCGGUUUCGGCUUCGUCGGCAUGGUCAAGGAAAUGUUCUUGGACAAGAGUAACCUGUAUCGUGUCUACAUGGCCACCAUGGUGCAGCUCCUCUCGCAAUGGUCCGGUGCUGGUUCCAUCACCCUCUACGCUGUCGACCUCUUCAAGAUUAUCGGCAUCACCGGAAAGCAAGAGGGUCUCCUUGUCACGGCCGUGUUUGGCAUUGUGAAGCUGGUCGCUGCCCUGGCCUGCGCCCUCUUCCUUGUUGAUGUCAUUGGUCGCAAACUCUCCCUGCUCCUCGGCAUUACCCUGCAGUCCAUCGCCAUGAUUUAUGUUGCCAGCUUCCUGACCAGUGUCCCUCAGCUUGGAGUAGUCGACAAGUUCAAGCUACCUGCCAAGGAUAUUUCCAGCAGUCGCGGCGCCAUCGCCAUGAUCUUCCUCAGCGGUUUUGGAUGGGCCCUGGGAUGGAACAGUAUGCAGUAUCUUUUGACUGCAGAACUGUUCCCCCUUCGCAUCAGAGCACUGGCGACGUCUUGGGCCAUGACCCUGCACUUUGCCAACCAGUACGGCAACUCGCGCGCUGUUCCCAACAUGCUCCUCGCCGUAGACAACGGAGGCAUUUCGCCCAAGGGUACUUUCUGGUGCUUCGCAGCCAUUACCCUCCUUGGUGGGCUGUGGGUGCUCGUCUCCGUCCCAGAAACCAGUGGUCGUUCCCUGGAGAGCAUGGAUCGCCUCUUUGACCUUCCCUGGUACAAGAUUGGUCUGUACGGUAACAAGGACGCUGAACUUCAAGAUGAAGCAUACAAUGAGAAGGCGCAGGCCGCUCACGAAAUGCACGGAAUGGGCCAGCACGUUGAAUCGACGGCCGGCCAUGUCGAGGAGAAGCCUCGCACUAUUGGUGUUUGA